CAAAAAAAAAAUAACAGUGCUAGGAAUUUUUGAGUCGUGGAACAGUGAUGGGUGCUUUCUUCACUCACUAUUACCACUAUUAUCACUGACGGCACGUGGAUUCAUAUGCUGCCGCAAGCAAAGCCCAAGAGAUGGGUGGAUUUGGGAUGACUCCCUCCUCUUUUCUCUUCCCUAUCGGUGGUGAGGGCCAUCACCAUAAACAUAAGCAAAGUUUUUGGUAACAGUGCUAGGAAUUUUCAAGUCAUGGAAUAGUGGCGGGUGCUUGCUUCACUUGCUAUCACCACUGGCGGCAUGUGGAUUCAUACGCUGCCGCAAGCAAAACCCAAGAGAUGGGUGGAUCUGGGAUGACUCCCUCCUCUCCUCUCUUCCCUAUCGGUGGUGGCAGAUUUGAUGGUUGUAGAUCUGGCGGUGACGGUGGCCGUUGCAGUGGACGAAUCUGCCAGUGCUUGAAGGCCUUGGUAUGGAGGAGAGUAAGUGUCUCCUGGGCGCGGGGAACGGUCACGGGUCUGUGGGAGCUGCUAUGUUUUGGCUGCCACUGGAUUCUGGUCAAGGAAGAGAGAGAUGGUCUCGGAUUAGCAGGGAUGGGGGAAGCUGGAGACGUCGUCUGUGGGGCUGGUCUCCUAUGUCAGUGAGCAGCAGCUCUGGUUUGGCCAAGAGAUGGAGGUGGUGCUCUCGGUGGCUAUGGGAAGAACACCUGAGAGGGAGAAGGUCUGGCGUGUGGCUGUUUUAGGUGAGGGAAAGGAUAGGACGAUUUGGCCAAAGGGUGAACGGCUGGAGAGAUGGAGGGCAAGUGGGAAGAUCUAGUAAGGGAAGGAGAUGGUUGGGUCUGUGGGGAUGGAGAGGGAAGGGGAAGACUUGUCCGGUUGAAGGGAGAAGAAGCCGAAAAUUCAAAAGCCCAAAGCCAGGGGUUUCUCUGGUUUUCGCUCAAGGGAGGGGGUGGUGGCUUGUUGUGUUUCCCUAAUUUUCAAAAUUUGGAGACGUAUAUUUAAAGGUAAAUAUUGUUAGGUUUUUUAAA